AUGUGGUUAGUCAGUCAGCCGAAUUCUGUGAUUUUGGAAGUCAAAGUGGACCCCAAUGCAAUUGGACAGGACUGUCUUGAAAAAGUGUGUGAGAAACUAGAAAUCGGUGCUGAAGCGGACUACUUCGGUCUCCGCGUAUGCCAAGGGUCAGGGCCCGGAAGAUGGCUCAACUUGCGAAACCCCCUCGACCUCCACCGCAUUCCGGGUGGCCGCUUAGAACUGCGUGUCAAGUUUUGGGUACCGCCCCACCUAUUAAUCAACGAACCCACUCGUCAUCAGCAUUAUCUGCACGCGAAACUCGACCUUAUCGAGGGCAGAUUAGUUGUUGCUGACCAAGAAGUUGCGCGACGUAUCAUAGCUUACAUCGCUCAAGCUGAAACUGGCGAUUGUGACCCCGAUAUGCCCCCUACGCACAUAUACGAAGAGUGCAACAAAAUUGGACCACAAGGUGUGAAACCUGAAGAUCAUAUGGAGAAGAUAAUUGAGUACCAUUGCGAAAUAGCGGGAAUGCGUUCCUCACAAGCAGAGUACAGAUUGCUCAAAGAGAUUUCGAAAUUAGAAUCUUUUGGGGAAGAACUAUUCUUCUGUAAACCUGUCACUCAAAGUAACAACGCUCACAACCUCUACAGCCACCUGCUGUACCACAGGCAACAAACAGAGGAGCCUAGAGCGAGGGAUGAACAGGAAAUUGACGGAGGAGCGACUGUCGGCUGUCUUACGUCAGGACAGAACGUUGGAGGGUGUGGUUGCAGACUGAGCACGUGCGUUGGUGUUGGCCCACAUGGUAUCGUCGUGUACCGGCCCGCCUGUAAUGGCGACCAAGAGAUUGGUGUCGAGAAACAAAGCAUCCCAUACACGGCUAUCCAUAGAGCCCAGCCUUUACGUCGGCUGUUCCAACUGUCAUACGUAACUAGCGAGGGACACGAGGCUACCCUUCACGUGAAGAUGGCCACAUCAGGCCAGGCGGCUGCGCUGUACCGCGCCGUCACAGAAAAACACGCCUUCUACUGCUGUGAGACCGUCAGGAGUGAUGUCACCGAACAGUUUAUCAGAGAUCUGAAGGGUACGAUCGCGUCGAUCUUCAACGACUCGUCGACGCUGGGGCGACGCUACGUGUUUGACAUCAGGCGCACGUGCCGCGAGGUGCACGACCGCGCGCGCCGCGCCGCGCACGCGCACGCACACGCACACGCGCACGAGCCGCGUGCGCGCCGCCGCUCGCCCGCCAACCACGAGGAGGGGCGGCCGCGAUCUUGUAGCGGCGGGGGCGAAGUACUGGCUUGUCGCGUGUGCAUGGACGCCGCCAUCGACACGUUGCUGCUGCCUUGCAGGCACGUCGUCUGCUGCCAGCUCUGUGCACCCAGAUGUAAUCGAUGCCCGUUAUGCCGAUGCGAAAUAGAAAAGCUUAUGCACAUAUUCCUGCCUGUAGAGUACCAGAAGAGUACCGCAGUCAUAAUCAAAUGA